GGAAGCACCCACCCCGCCGCGCGGCGCGCCCGGGAGCGCGUGCCCGCCGCCCGCCCCGCCCCGCCCCGCCCCGCGGCCGCGCGCAACAGGCCGGGCGGGUUUGCCUCCCCUCACAGCUUCGCCUGGAAGGCGGGACGAUGCCCAAGAAAGCAAAGCCCGCGGGGACUGGGCAGGAAGAGGGGCCUGCUCCCUGCAAACAGCCGAAGGCGGAGGCGGCGGGGGCGCCCCUCGCUUUAAACUUCGACAGCCCCAGUGGCUUCUUCGAAAGUUUAAUCUCGCCCGUCCAGACGGAGACUUUCUUCAAGGAGUUCUGGGAGCAGAAGCCCCUGCUCAUUCAGAGAGAGGACCCUGCGCUGGCCGCGUAUUACCAGGCGCUGUUCAGGCUCUCAGACCUGAAGAGCCUGUGCGGCCGGGGUCUGUACUAUGGCCGGGACGUAAAUGUCUGCCGCUGUGUCCACGGGAAGAAGAAGGUUUUAAAUAAAGAUGGCAAAGUGCACUUCCUCCAGCUGAGAAAAGAUUUCGAUCAGAAAAGGGCAACAAUUCAGUUUCACCAGCCUCAGAGAUUUAAGGAUGAGCUUUGGAGGAUCCAGGAGAAGCUGGAAUGCUACUUUGGCUCCUUGGUUGGCUCGAAUGUGUACAUAACCCCUGCCGGCUCGCAGGGCCUGCCGCCCCAUUAUGAUGACGUUGAGGUGUUCAUCCUGCAGCUGGAGGGGCAGAAACACUGGCGCCUCUACCACCCCACGGUGCCCCUGGCCCGCGAGUACAGCCUGGAGGCGGAGGACAGGCUCGGGAGGCCGGCACACGAGUUCACGUUGAAGGCUGGUGACUUGCUGUACUUUCCCAGAGGGACCAUCCAUCAAGCGGACACGCCCCCGGGGCUGGCCCACUCCACUCACCUGACCAUCAGCACCUACCAGAGCAGUUCGUGGGGAGAUUUCCUUUUGGACACCAUUUCGGGGCUUGUGUUUGAUGCCGCAAAGGAAGAUGUGGCGUUCCGGGCAGGCAUCCCCCGGCAGCUGCUCCUGCAGGUGGAAACCACAGCCGAUGUGAGGCGGAGAUUAAGUGGCUUUCUGAGGACGCUUGCCGACCGCCUGGAAGGCACCAACCAGCUGCUUUCAUCCGACAUGAAGAAGGACUUUGUCAUGAACAGACUCCCCCCUUUCCACGUGGGAGACGGAGCAGCGCUCUCCAUGCCAGGCGGACAGUUGCCGAGGUUGGACAGCAUCGUGAGGCUGCGCUACAAAGACCACAUCGUCCUCACGGUGAUGCCGGAUCAGGGUGGGUCUGAUGAAACUCAAGAAAAGAUGGUUUACAUCUACCACUCCUUACAGAACAGGAGAGAGACACACAUGAUGGGGAGCGAGGAAACAGAGGCUCAUGGACUUCGUUUUCCUUUAUCUCAUGUGGAUGCACUGAAGCAAAUUUGGAGCAGCUCAGCGAUUUCUGUCAAGGACCUGAAACUUGCUACAGAUGAGGAAAAGGAGAGCCUGGCCUUGUCUCUCUGGACAGAAUGUUUACUCCAGGUAGUCUAGCGCCUCUACGCACCGUGUCUAGGAUUUUGCAUACACAGGAAAAGCAAACAUUUAUAUGUUGGGGGCCCCUGCUGCUCUGAGUAGCAGACAGGGCUGGAGGGAUGGUUACAUACAACUUGACUGCAUGUGUUCUGGUAACAGGAGACCCACCGGUUACAAGUGGUCGUAUGCAUUAAAGAAAGGAUGGCACAUUACUCCGUGUCCUAGAAAGUGGCAAAUCCGUACUUGUGACAGGUUUAUUUAUCCAGUGUGGUAGAAAAGGCACAACGACAAUAAAGGUAUCAUUUAAAUUUAGAAGUU